AUGUUUAAGGUCCUUCAGGUCUUCAAAGGCUUUCUGUUGGUCGUCAUGAAAACUUUGUUGAAUUCAGUCGUUAUAUCCGUUUUCAAUUACGUUUCCUUGCGAAAAUUGAGAGAAAGAAAACGUGAUGGAAAAAUCGCAAAUCCCACAACCACAUUAAACACAAAACCUUGGGAUACUAAAUACUUUAAAGCCUUGAAAACAAGGUCUACCUUGAUAAUUGAUUACAUACCCAAGUUGGAAAAAGAGAAAAUUUAA